AUGGAGGCUUCCUGUGCAGAUGAAGCAACUAUUUCGCUCAACGUGCAAACUGUUGGUGGGACGAGUAUUCCAUUGUCUGUACCGGCCAACUGCCGAGUCUCCGACGUCCGCGACGGCUUGCGCAACGCCCUGGGUCUCAAGUCCCACCAGACGUUCAAGCUGCUGCUCGGCGCCAGGGCCCUCGACGUCCACAACACGCCCAUUGACGCACUCGGCAUCGGGGAGGGUGCGGAGCUGAGCGUGGCCUUUCUCGAUGAGCUCAUGAUCACCAGGCACGUCUACAGCCACAGGACGCGCUUGCUGGUGUCCACCGAGGUCGUGCGGCUGACGCCCGACAUUCCGCUGCGACAGCAGUGGGCCGCUCUGGUGCCUCGAAGUGGUCUGCUCCCGAAUCCCUACGUCGAAGACCGCACGGAGGCCCUGCAGACGUUCGACCUCUUCGGCGACCAGGAGGUGCAGGCGGAGGCUUACGAGCCCGAGCCGCCGUUCAUAACGGACGCGACGAUCUGCUUCAUGGCGACCAGCGGCUCGGCGCCGCGUGGCUGGGACGAGGUUGCGAGCGAGGGGGCCAUCAGUCGUAACUGGUUGCGGCAAUUCGCCCCGGAGGAAUCGGGCGAUCUGUCACGGAGGAUGUCGCGUCGUUGUGGAUUCCCACCGAGCGUCCACGUGGAACUCGCGAGCCGUGUGAGUUCGCUGCCGCAUCGAGUUCACCGGUUGCGCAAGCCUGCCGGGGUAACGCAAUGA